CCCGGAGUGCUGCUCUUCGGCUUAUGAAGAGGAUUUUGUCAGAAUGUGGAAACGAGCAGUUUGGUUGGAGGGUAAGAAAGAAGAAGAGGGUGUGGUGCCAUCCAGCUGGGUAUUAGAAGAGAACCAAACCUUGUUUUGGCCACAAGGAGUUAAUGCUGAGAAUGCCCUUCAUAAUCAGCAAGAACCAGACCCUGCAUCAUGGAGAAAGUUUAUGUUGAAAAAAGUGAAGAUCACUUCUGAUAGUUUUCAAGAAUGCGAUACCUACCAUCUGACAUCUACGGUGGAGAGUUCUGAGAGCAACAGUGAUCCUGAUGAAGGUCUACUCAUGAGAAAAAGGAGAAAACGUUGUAAGAAAAAUCUGCCUGAUGACUUUGUCAGCAGUGAAAACUUACAUGAAGCUGUCCACAUGAAGCCAGCCUCACAGAAGCCACAGGUCACAACCUCUCAAGAUAAGGUAGCUUCUGACCCUUGUAAUGACCCUUGUAAUGACAAUCAAAAGAAUCACAAAGGUAGCCAGGAAGAUGCUGAAUCCAGCUUCCUUCUAACUAAAUUUCAGAAGCGAGUGUUACAACUUCUGCUGGACAUCAGGAAAACUGUUUCGGAUACGAGCACAUGUGGUGGUAAACCAGCUGACACAGCUUGUACUCUUACAAUCAAACGGAAUAAUUCCCUGGAAGAAGUGCAGAAUCUAGAGGAUGAAUUGGUUAAUCCCAGUUAUUUCAUGGAAGUGUGCAACCAGUACGUCCGCAUAGGUGGCUAUAAUAAGAGAGAUAUGGUCUCUAAUUUGAUGUGCAGGUUUAUGACCAAAAACCUCAUGUGUCAGUAUAACAUGCUUGGGCAGAGAGGCAAGUUGUCUUUUAGAAAAACAAAGUUAUACAAUGUGAUUCAGGAGAGCGUGCUUAAAAAGUUCUCAGAUUCAAAUGUGACAGAAAUACAAAUGAUAGUUGCAGCAAAAUUGCGUAAUGCUCCAAAAUUGAAAAAUGAAAAUUAGCUGAUGUAAAAUGGUACUUACAAUCAGUUAAGAUCUGCAAGAAUGUUAAAACAAACCAAUCUUUGUCUCAUGCAUGACCUUGGUGAAGUAAAGUAUUUUCAUACCAAGAUGAACUGCAAUAGCGCAGUGAAAAAUCUAGUCAUACCCACUGCCACCAGGAGUCUAACCCGGGUCUCUUGAGUGAGAGCCAGACAGCAAGACCACUACACCACUGUGGUGUAGGGGUCUUGCUGCCUGGCUCUCACUCAAGAGACCCGGGUUCGACUUCUGGUGGCAGUGGGUAUGACUAGAUAAAGUAUUUUCAUUUUGUAUGUUACUAAAAAAAUGCUGGUAAAUUUAUCUCAUGACUGAUUGUACACAGAUGACCUUAUAUAUUGUAACUAUGUGUACAUUUCCCUUCCUCCCCCCUCUCUCUCUCUCUUAAAGAAGCUCUUUUUCUAUCAGAAUGACAAAAUUUAUUGAUGUGUAAACAGUAUAAGGGGGGAUGUUAGAGAAGCUUAAGAAUGAAAGAACCAGGACCGCCGAGAACCGAACCUCAGACAAGCUGUUCCCGCCACCACGCUAACCUGGUCCUGGUUCUUUCAACUUGUCGUUAUGGGAUUCAAGCUUAAGAAUGGUUUUAAGAUGUGGAGAGAGACUUACUGCUGUAAAAUUUGAACCGAUUGGGAUAUUACCUCAUGAUAUUUAUGUGAGAUGAUAUUAAUGAUCUCAGAUUAUAAAAGCACACUAGUAUUAUUAACAGUGAUUUAUUUUGUAAUUUAGUAAUAGAUAUAACAUUUUAAUUUAUAAUUUUGCUUUUGCCUACCACUUAGGUUCCCAUGUAUUUUUACGUAAAUGAAAAAGUAUGGAGCUACACAAGUAUCAAUUCACAAAAUGCUUAAUUUCAUUGACAACUGUGGUCUGUAUUGUUUUAAGCAUAUUGUGUACUUGUGGCAGGCCUGGUAUUCUUUGCAUAUAUUCCCCCUGGGGCUACAUAGAUACUAGAAUGUAGCCCUCUCCAUGUCGGCUGUGUGCCGUAAGAGGCGACUGAUUCUGGCCCUGGGUGGGGAUCUCUUUUACUAGCCCAUAGCAGGUCUUUUUACCGCUUGACAUAUUUUCCCUUCUCAUUUCCCUUUGCUUUCUGUCCAUUUUCUUUUACGUUCUCUUACUUUUCCGAGUGGUGGGCUGACUCUUUGUCAGAGUGAGGGUUGGUGUCCUUUACUUCCCAUAGCCAUUUCUGUCUUUCUCUUGUUCUAUAUACCUCUACUGUUUAGGGUGACACUAGGCUGGGGAUCUGCCCAUUCUUCUCUACCUUUUAUAGUCCCACUUGUGGCACAUGCCCAGGGAUAAUGCUAGGCACAAGUGCCAUGGGAACCCAUUUAUUGAGUCGUGGCCCGGGAUGGCGGAUGGUCACCCUCACAGUUCAAGGGUGGUUUCUGCUGUUCUGGACCAUGGCAUGGGGAGGUAAUGCAUAGGAGCAGGUGUCAGGCUAUGGAUGGAUUGUGGCUAAACAAAGUUUUAAUUUUUUGUAUUACUGGGAUCAUCCAUUUAUAUAUUGCAGUUAUUCUUCAUUCAAGUCAGAUAUCUUGAAAACCUUUAUAUAUAAAAAUGCAAGCACUAACUUUUUUUUUUUUUCAUAAAAUAUGGAAAUUAUUUUGGUUUUGAUAUUUUUACAAGGAUGAAGAUUAUUAAAUUUAUGAAAAAGUGUAAGACUGAAGAAUAUAUAUAUACACACUUUCUGUA